AUGUCUGCUCGGAAGCUCGGGGGAGGAAGAGUGCUGGGUAAUGGGAGGCCUCUCUCACCAGCAUAUCCUCCGAGGAAUCCUAACCUACUCUCGCCAACAGCCAGCUCUGUGUCCGUCAGUUCCUCCUCCCAACCUUCGACGGAUGCCCAGGACCUAAGUUCCAGAAUAUCACUGGACCAGAGCGAUGGAGAUAUCGCUGCAGCGGCUGCUCUGGCAGCGUCCACAAGACUCGCCUGCCCAAUAUGCAAUGAAGAAAUGGUCACUCUAUUGCAGCUGAACAGACAUCUUGACGACACUCAUAAGAAUCUUGAGGAGGUCAAACAAAACGAAGCCAAGGAUUGGUUCAAGACUCAAAUGGUCAAGGCGAAGCGAUUCCAGCCACUAGCCGUGCUCAACCAGAAGUUCAAAGGGUUGGAUGUCUUCGAGUCGGACGACAGACCACAAUCGCCCCAGCUACUGCCAACCGCUGCGGCUCCUGAGCCCUCACAGCCCGAUCCUGAAGAACUCGUCACUCGAGCUCACUGGCAGAGACAUGGACCGAAUGACGCUUGCUCGGAGCCGGCAUGUGGCAAGAGGCUUACAUCGGCCAACGGCAAUGUGAACUGCAGGAAGUGUGGGAAGCUUUUUUGUGAUGAGCAUACUAUGUACAAGAUGAAGCUCUCGAGGUCAGCCCAGCAUGAGCCGGUAAGAGGUCUUUGGUGCAGGGUUUGUGAGACAUGCUACAAGUCAAGAGAGGGCUACAACGACCGGAACGGCUACGAGCGAAACCACACUACCGAUUUCGGGCAUUUACGAAGGAAGACCGUUGAUAAGACUUUGUUGGAAGUUUCCCGGCUGGAGAAGCGGCUCACGAAGCUUACACAGCUCCUAGCCAAUCCACCAACAGAGAAUAUUCCUCCAGGAGGUGGCCUGCUUUGGUCUCUGACAGGCGCCAAAAAUCAACGGAAGCAGACAGAGCAGUCCAUAGUAGACUGGGAAGACGAUGCUAGUGUUCAACGAUGUCCAUUCUGCCAGCAGGAGUUCUCAAGUUACACAUUCAGGAGGCAUCACUGCAGGCUUUGUGGCCGCGUGGUCUGUGGAGAUCCAUUGACAGAUUGUUCGCAGGAAGUUGGACUAACCGUUGCUACCCCGACUGCCAACGUGGCAGAGAAAGCUGUUAAACAAGUCGGCGUCGAUGUUAGGAUGUGCAAAGAAUGCAGGACCACUGUUUUCAGCAGAAGUGACUUUGCAGCUGCCCUCGCACAUAAGCCGCCAGACGUUCGAACAUAUGAGAAUCUCAUUCAAUUCGAAAGAGGCAUUCGACUAAUGUUGCCAAACUUCCAGCGACUGCUGAUGAUUCUACAAGACCCGGACAGGCCUCCAUCUCAGGCCCAGCUUGCGGAUGCUUCCAGAACGCGCAAACGGCUGGUUGACGCCUUUGGCCAGUACAAUACUGCAGCUCGCCGAAUCCGAGAUCUGCCAACGGACUCGCCUACUCAGCAAAGGCUACAAAAGGCCAUCUACCAACAAAGCUCCAAUUUCCUUCAGAUCCACAUGCUUCCACUCAAGGCGCUCCCCAAGGUCCUUAAGCAUGCCACAGCCCACGGUAUUGGCUCCUCUGAACGUGCGCCACCCAACGGGAAAUCAGCCGGUGCCCUUGCAUCUAUCAAAUACAAUGACAUUGAUAACGCGUCCCAAGUCAGCAGUAGCAGCGCUGUAUCAGCUUUGGAAGCAGAGGAGAAGACGCUUCGCGAGACCCUCAUAGUGCUUGAAGAGCAAUUAUUCCUUGUCAAAGAACAAGUAGCGGAUGCUAACAAGCGGAGGAAGUUCGAUGAAGUCAGCAGCCUUGCGCAGAAUGUUGAGGAUCUUAGCAAGGAGAUUGACCACGUCCAAGGGCAACUUGGACAACUUGAUUUCGCGGGUGCAUACGGGGCGCAAUCACCGAGGAUUCUACCAGCAAGAUGA